AUGAAGUCUCAAAUACAGCGAUCACUUCGACGUCCCUUUUCGCAUCAUUUCCCAUUAGCUCGGCGGGCUGCCCAGCUCAUUCCGGCACAUCCGCGAUUUCUAUCUGCGCAACACGUAGGCGUCUGUGCAACUAGUUUGUCUCUAGGCCAGGGUUCUAGAUUACAGUCUACGAUCCCCAGAUAUUCAGUUCUUAACCUCAAUUCUGAAGGUCGUCGCCAAUUAUCAGGCAAUACUCGCCAUAAUCGGAGCGAGUUUGAUAUCUCACAUCACAAGUUGCACCUGAAAAGUGGAAUUAGUGUAUCUACUAUCCUUACUACUGUUGUGGUCAUAGCGACUGCUAUAGUCCUUUCGACUUUCAUCCCAAUAAACCACACUUCGGACGACACAGAGGAACCGUUGGUUCUUCUUCCAAAGGCUACAAUGGCUCCCCAACUCCUUGAAGGCCGUCCUGGCAACUUGACCCCCGAACAGGAAGAGAAGCUUCGCAAACUCUGGUCAGCUGUCUUUCAACUUACCGGUGUGACUGAGGGUAGUGGUGCGGCUCCACUUGAAGCCGCUGCUCCUGAAGAGUCAGCCCCUGCUUCGGAACCUGAAAAGAAGAGGCGGUUUGGCCUGUUCCGUAAGGGCAAGGAGUCCAAGUCAGGCUCGUCUUCCCCUGCCCCAGAGCCAGCCGCUAAGGACGGCGGUGAUGACGACAAAUAUGGCCAGACGAAGCAGUUCUAUGAAACACUUGCGAACCACAGUCCAGAGACGAUUCGAAGCACCAUCUGGUCCAUGGUAAAGCAUGACCAUCCUGACGCUCUUCUCUUGAGAUUUCUGAGGGCCCGCAAGUGGGAUGUUGAGAAGGCUCUAGUCAUGUUGGUGUCUACCAUGAACUGGCGACACAGCGAGAUGCGUGUGGAUGACGAUAUUAUGAAGAAUGGCGAAGCUGGAAACAAGUUGAACGAGGAAAGUGGCGAGGGCGAGGAGAAGAAGCUCGGUGCGGAUUUUCUCGCCCAGAUUCGCAUGGGCAAGAGCUUCCUUCACGGAAUCGAUAAGAACGGGCGCCCUAUCUGCGUGGUCAGGGUUCGUCUACACAAGCAAGGCGAACAAUGCGAGGAAAGUCUGGAGAAGUACACUGUCUACAUCAUCGAGACUGCUCGCAUGGUUCUGUCACCCCCCGUUGAUACCGCGACCAUCAUUUUCGAUAUGACUGGAUUUUCCAUGGCCAACAUGGACUAUACCCCUGUUAAGUUCAUGAUCAAGUGCUUCGAGGCAAAUUACCCAGAGUCUUUGGGAGCCGUGCUUGUCCACAACUCACCAUGGAUUAUCCGUGGCUGGUUAGAUCCCGUUGUUGCGGGCAAAGUCCACUUCACUAAUAACAAGAAUGACCUUGAGAAGUUCAUCGAACCCAGCCGUAUCCUGAAAGAGCUUGAAGGAGACGAGGAUUGGGAAUACAAGUACGAGGAGUCCAUUCCUGGAGAAAACGACAAGAUGAAGGACACGGCUACUAGGGACAAGCUUCUGGCUAGUAGAGAGGACGUUGUCAAGAAGUAUGAGGCAACAACGCUCGAGUGGAUAAAGAAGCCCGACGGCGCUGAUGGCACUGCUCUUAAGUCUAAGAGGGAGCAGUUGGCUACACAGCUCAGGGAGGGCUAUUGGAUUCUGGACCCCUACGUGCGCGCGCGCUCUUUAUAUGACAGAACGGGUGUGAUCAAACCUGGAGGCAGUGUUGACUUCUACUCGCCAAAGAGCCAGGCAAAGGAGACGUCGGCGGAGGAUGUAGAUUAA